AUGCCACUGUCUGUAUUUCGAAGACUCGGUUUGGGGGAAGCUAGGCCCACUACGAUUACUCUACAACUGGCUGAUCGUUCUUUGACACACACUUGGGGUAUUAUUGAAGUUCUUCUUAUCAAAGUGGACAAUUUCAUCUUUCCCAUUGAUCUUAUUGUUCUUCAUAUGGAGGAAGAUGAAAAUGUUCCAAUUAUUUUGGGACGACCCUUUUUAGCCACUGGUCAAGCCUUGAUAGAUGUUCAAAAAGGAGAAUUGAGGCUAAGAGUGCAUGGUGAUGAGGUGAGGAAACUUAUUGAAGAUCCGCUUGAGAAAAGCCUUACUUCGCAAGAAGUGGAAGAUUGUGAUGGCAUUGAGGUUCAUGAAUAUGUAAAAUGGCUAAACUCCGCUGGACCUAUCUAUAAGAAGAAAUAUAAGGAACUUGGACAAGUGUCCGAGAGAUCACUACCAUCUAUAAAGAAACCACCAGUACUUGAAUUGAAAACUUUACUGAAUCAUCUUAAAUAUGCCUAUUUCAGUAAGAAUGAUACUCUCCCUGUUAUUAUUUCUGCUUCAUUAUCUACUGUUGAAGAGGAAAAAUUAUUAAGAGUAUUUCGAGCUCAUGAAUUGGUUACUGGCUGGACCUUAGUCGAUAUAAAGGGAAUUAGCCCAUCUACUGUUAUGCACCGUAUUCUCAUGGAGGAGGACAGUAAGGCUAGUAUUGAUGCUCAAAGGAGGCUAAAUCCUGCAAUGAAAGAGGUGGUUCAAAAAGAAAUUUUGAAGUGGUUAGUUGCUGGUGUUAUUUAUCCAAUUUCAGAUAGUUCGUGGGUAUGUCCAGUCCAAGUGGUUCCGAAAAAAGGUGGAUUGACAGUGGUAAAAAAUGAGAAUAAUGAGUUAAUUCCAACUCGUACAGUGACGGGGUGGAGAAUUUGUAUUGACUACAGAAAGCUAAAUAAGGCGACAAGGAAAGAUCACUUCCCAUUGCCUUUCGUUGAUCAAAUGCUUGACAGACUGUCGGGCCAUCACUUCUAUUGCUUUUUAGAUGGGUAUUCUGGUUAUCACCAAAUACCUACUGCCCCUGAAGACGAGGAGAAAACAACUUUUACUUGUCCUUAUGGUACGUCUGCUUUUCGAAGAAUGCCAUUUGGAUUAUGCAAUGCUCCUGCUACUUUUCAGAGAUGUAUGAUGUCAUUAUUUUCUGAUAUGGUGGAGAAGAGCAUUGAAAUAUUUAUGGAUGAUUUCUCAGUUUUUUGGCCCAUCUUUUGA